CUGGUAGUCGCACUUGCUAUGUCAUAUUACGAAGAAUCAUCUGGUUACUUGAAGAAUUGUUUCAAGUUUUACAAAAACCUUACCUAUGACUCCAAUCACCUGCUGCGGAUUGAUGAGUCGGCUCGUUCGAUCGCAGAGGCCUGUUGGGACGUGAAACCGUCUGGUACCGUAUCUGCCCUCCCCGAAGGAUUAUUCCUUUUGCGUAACGUCCUUUCUGAUUACACACUUGCUGAAUUGUUACAUCAGUCACUGGUUGACUGGACAUGCCAUCCUUCGAAAGUUUCCAACCUGGACUCAAUCCACAUGAGCAAUACAAACACGCCGCCCGACCUCUGGUCUUACAGCUCUAAGCAAAUUGCGCUAGGUAAAUCAUGGGACCGGACGCCACUGGGAAAAUUGCGCUGGAUCACAUUUGGAUAUCAUUACCAAUGGAGCGACAGGCGCUAUGAAGAGUCCAAAUAUGGAGAAUUCCCUCCGCUGCUUGCCAAAAUUUCCACACAGAUUGUCCAUCUGUUACAAACGGAGCUUUCCUCCACCACCUUGGGCAGUGAUGUGACCCAACUGGUCCAAGCAUGUGCCGACUUCCAACCAGAAGCCGCUAUUGUGAACUACUAUCGCGGGAAGACUAACAUGGGUUUUCAUACGGACAACGUGGAAUUCGACAAAAAAGCUCCAUUGGUCUCAAUAAGAGCAAAUACCUCUGGCCUCCGGACCCCUAUUCGGGAACUGUUACCGGCUGCGCUCAAACGCUUGGGUCCAAGCGCACUUUAUUUAUGGGAAGUUUCGAAGCCUGUUACUGCUUCUCCCAGUUUUCUGCAUCCACCUAUCAACGGUGGUGAUCAACCCGAUGGCUCCACAGUGAUUCCGAUCGUGUUACGGCACGGCGAUGUUGUGAUCAUGCUCGGGAAGAGCCGUCUUGCCAAGCACGCCGUUCCGAUAGUCCUGUUUGACGAAGCUUGCCGAGAUCCCGUUCUCCGGGUGGCGGCCCAACUUGCAUCACAAAGACUGUGCCCAAACUUGUGUGCGAGCGUAGACUCAUCCAAUGGUUCAUCUUCCACUUGCCGGGUAGAACCUUCUUAUUGCUCCUGUGCAAUUUGUAAAGCAUUUGUAGACUAUGUUCUCACCACGCGUAUCAACAUGAAUGUGCGGCAAGUUAUUCCAGCAGGCUAUUCGUUUUCCGAUUUUGAUAAAAAGUGACUUUUUGAUUGUCACGAUCUCGUUUUUCCGCAUCUUGGGUAGUGUGCAACCCAGCGACAACGAUGAAAACGUAUUCUAGUCUAUUCAAACCUGUUUAUUCCUUGAUGUGGAAAUCUACAGUAGCGAUGCAGACGGAGGCACGG